GGCAUUUGGCAGCACUAAGAAUACCAUUUUCAGUGUCAAGUGUCAACUUCAAUAUCUCAAUUGUUUAAUAUUUGUAUAUUUUUAUUUCUAUAGUUCUUCGAUACAAUGAUUAAGUGUAAAAUAUGUUUUAAGUCUAAUGAAGAUCUAAAACUGAUGCCUUUUGAUGAUCAAUAUGUGUCAUACUUUAAUUUGCUGACUGAUUUGAAGAUUCAAAUGUGUGAUGUUACGAACCAAAAAUUAUGUGAAAAUUGUAUAAAAAUGCUAAACCUGUUUGUGGAGUUUCGAAACAAAUGCAUCCUAGCUCAUAAUGUUAUGCAGACAGAUUAUGUUUUUGAAGAGAAACUAAAACAGGAAGACACAAUAGAAAAUCGUCAUAUUAUGAAGAAUGGAGUUUAUAAAAGAGAAAUAGAUGAAAACCAAGAGAUUACUACUGAUGUACAUGAUAUACAAGAUUUUCCGAGUACCGAUGAUCAAUUUGGAAAUGAUCUUGAUGAAAUUGAAGUGAAAUGUGAUAAAUUUAUUCAAGUUUGUUCUAAAGAGCAAAGAAAGAAAACAACAGUGCAACAACAAUUUCCUUGUGGUUUGUGUUCUAACUCAUUUAAUGAGAAAAGUUCCAUGUCAAAUCACAUAGAAAGUCAUAAAUAUGAUAAAAUGUGUUUAUUAUGCAAAGAAAAGUUUACCGACUGGCAGCAGCUAUUCUCUCACCGAUUAGAACAUGUGCAAUGCAAAGAUAAAAUCUGUCAUAUCUGUUUUAAGCGCUUUAAGUCAUCUCCAUAUUUGGAAUACCAUUACAAAAAUAUUCAUUCAGCUAAUGAGGUAAUUGUUUUUGUUACCUCGUUUUAAUUUCUUUUAAGAACAA